GGAAUAGCAAAGGUGAGCUGCACCUGUCACACUUUCAGUCUCUCUCAGCUUUUCCAAGCCCACUUUUUGAUCUUCAUCCCUUCUCGAUAAAAUCAUCUACAUCUGAUCGGCAACUCGCCAACUUAACGAUUUUACUAUGCCUAUGCCGUCCCUCAACCCCGACUCCGCCGGCGCCACUGCAGCCGCAGCACAAGCCACCGGAGGAUAUCCAAAGCGCGAUCUCGCUUCCCUUCUCGCCGCAGCUCGCCCGUUCCUACGCGACGAGGCCGACGCCGUCCCUUCCGACCCCGCCCUUUCCACACUCCUCUCCGCACUCCGCGCAGCCGGCGCCGGGGAGUGCUGGCACAAGCACGGCACCUUCCUCGCCCACCUUAUUGGUGUCCACCGCAUCUUAACCCUAUGGGGCGCUCCCCUAUCCGUGGCCCGUUGCGGCCUCUACCACUCCGCGUACUCCAACUCCUAUGUUAACCUCGCCAUCUUCGAACCCGGCGCCACCUCUCGCGACGCCCUCAGCCUCUCUCUCGGCCCCUCCGCCGAGCGCCUCGUCCACCUCUUCUGCAUCGUCCCCCGCCAACAAAUCAUCCACGAUUUCCUCCUAUUCCGUUACUCCGACGCAGAGCUCACCGAUCAUCUCAUCGCCUCCGCCGAUUCGGCCCACCGUGGCAUCGAAGAGCCCUGGCGUCAGAAGAUCAACGCCCUGGUUCCGCCACAGGGGAUUUAUGUUAAGCACAUAAGAACCGGGGAAGACGUUCUGGUUUCACGCCGGGUGAUCGCGGCGUUUUUACUAAUGACCAUGGCGGAUUUCAGCGACCAGUUGUUCGGGUUCCAGGAUCGACUCUUUAACAACGAAAACGGCCGGCUUGAAUUCUCCGGAAACAAUGUUUCCGGCGCUCUGUGGCCGGGGGACGCCAGACCUGGGUUAUGGAUGAAUUCUAUUUCACGGAUGGGGGCGAUCUAUAAUCUAAUGGUGAAGGAAGAAGAGAUAUACAUGGAGGAGAAGAGGAGAGAAGGAAGAAGAGUUGCAGAAGAAGACGAGGACAUAGAACUGCUAAUUCCGCCGGUGUUCGAGAGCUGCACUAGGGUUCUGGACGCUGACGAUCAGAGAACAGCGAGGGACUUGUACUGGGAGGCGGUGGCCGGCGGCGGAGACGGAGGGGAGAAGACGGAGAAGCUGUUGAGGAGCUGUGAGAAGAAUCCAUUCAUUGGAGAGCCGCAUGUGGUUCUGGCGCAGGUUUAUCUGGGGAUGGAGCGGUGGGAGGAGGCGGAGAGAGAGGCGGCGAUAGGGCUGAGGCUCAUGUUGGAAUGGGGAAGCGGAUGGGAUAAGAGAGUGACUUGGGAGGGCUGGAUUGCUUGGGUUAGGGUUUUGCUCUUGAAGGCCAAGGAGAAGGAUUGGCCCAACAAUGCUUGGGGUAUUCUUAAUCUUGGCUUAGUUAGGUGAAGGAGUGUAUAACAUGGCAAAUUAUUGCGUCUGGUGUCCGGAUUAGUCCGGACACCAAUCCGGUGUCGAAAUCCGGACACCAAAAUACAUCGGGACCCAGUGUAUUUGGGUGACGUGGCAUCACCGGAUUGGAUGUCCGGACAUCUAGUGACCGGACGCAAUAAUUCGCCGUAUAACAUAAUAGUAUAUAAUUGUGUACUCCUACUCAUAAAUUAUAUGAGUAGGAG